ACUCCUACCUUUAGUCUUGGAUUUGUUUAUUUAUUUAUUUUUUGAAAACUUCCGGUUUAAGAAUGGGUUGUAAAGCAUUCAUUUCCAAGUGCGGCGCUCUCCGGGGAGGAAAAUAAAAAUGUUGUGUGAUGAGACGUCGUUGGCCUUGAAGCCACACAGGUGCGAAGGAAGAACAAAGCUCGUCACAUUGCAACUCUCGUACAAGAUGGCAAGUUCGGAGAGGGGACGACACUGAUCGUGAGCUCACCGCCAGGUGGUGUUACAAUUGGGGCGAAGAAGAUUGUCUCUGGAGGGUUGUUCAUUCUCGUUUUGCUGUCUGCGGCGUCACACUUACACAGAAGCUGGGAAAGGGUGAGGAUCUUGACACUGGGGUUCAUGGUUCUUAUACCAACUGGGUGACCCUGGCGUGGUGCGCUGCGACUUCUGAGGGAGUCGACACUACUGCUGAUAUUAGUCAUGCUCCAGGAGUGUUGUGAGUGAUGGAUCUGCACGAGUUGGGCUGUAUCGAGUUGGGCUUUUAGAUGCACGGGGAGUGCUCAGCGUAGUCAUCCUAUCUGCCGUUGAUCAGGCGUUACCCUAAUUUCUUCAGUUCGAAUCAUAAUCAUUCGAUACAACUUAAGCAACGAGUUUGUCGAUUCUGCAUUUUAAGCAGGGACACGGGACUCUCUAGAAUAUCGUCAAAAGCCGAAAUCAGCAAGAGUUCGUGGUCCCAGUUCAGGAGGACAGAUUCUUCGGGCUUGAUCAUUUAGUUCAUGCUCAACUACAGUGGCUUGAUGCACGAGGGGGGUUGUUCAUUCGAAGAUUCAUCGUUCGCUUUGUAUGUGAACUUGGACGAUGAUGGGCAAUGGCGUGGUCGCUCAGCUCCAGCACCUUGAUGUACCCAAUUCUCUAGGUGCCAAGGUUGUUGGACGGAAGAAGACACGAGGUGGAAGAGCUGCUGGAGCUGAGAAAGGUGGAAUUAGUCUACGGCACUUCAGCAUGAAAGGUGAUGGCUUGUAUUUACUCUUCAUGUUAUCUAAGCGACUUAUCUCGUUUGUGCAUCUUGAACCACUGAAGAUUUUUAGAAAUUGAUGUGUACUAUCUCCCUGUUACCUCAACCUAAUUGUAUUAUUCCCCUCGUCAUUUUAAUUUUGCUUGCAAUCCAUCAAUAAUAAGAUCCAUAGUUGUUAAGCUGUAGCUAAUUGGUGGGUAUGUGUGUAGUAGUGCAAAAGGGUUUCACCUCUUAACAUGUUGAACUUCCAUCUUUGUUUGCUUGAAAACGACCCAGUAUGUGGAAUAGUGGAAAGCAAGGGACGAACCACCUACAAUGAGGUAGCAGACGAGUUAGUUGCUGAGUUCAGUAAUACAGAUUUCCCUCAUGUCUCCUCCGAUCAGCCACAGUAUGAUGAGAAAAACAUCCGUCGACGUGUUUAUGACGCUCUUAAUGUUCUCAUGGCCAUGGGUAUCAUCUUAAAGGACAAAAAGAGUAUUCAGUGGAAGGGACUACCGUCUUCCGAUGUUGGUAAUGUGGCAGACCUCAAGGCUGAAGGCACGCGAAUUAGAGGAAGAAUUGAAAGAAAAGUCGCUUACCUUCAUGAGUUACAGACUCAGGUGGCAGGUCUGUAUAAUUUGGUUUCUCGCAACGAACAACUUUCUCAAGAGAAAAAAGCUCCACAUCGAGUUGUUGCUUUGCCAUUUAUUCUUGUGCAGACCCGACCGCAUGCCACUGUGGAAUUAGAGAUUUCGGAGAACAUGCAGGUUGUGCACUUCGACUUCAACAGUACACCGUUUGAGCUGCACGAUGACGCAUAUGUUGUCAAGACAUUGAGCUCGCAAGAGCAGAGAACAGCGAGGACCCAGUGAUGCCCAGCCGCACUGCCUUUGACGAUGGAUUCAAUGCUUUUGAGGAAGAUUUCUCCGUUCUCUUCGACAAUUCCCAGCGUUCAGAUUUUCCUCAUCACUCUAGGUCCCCUUGUAAUGCUUCUUUGCCAUGUCCCUUUUGAAACACAACUUGGACUCCUGUUUCUGGUAUUCUAAAAGCUAAGGCGAAGCAUGAGAUCAUCUCUUCGUGAGCUGUAAUGUUUUCGGUCCCUUGUUUCCUAUUACUAACCAUGUGGAUCAAGUGGGAUAGAACUCGUAUGAUUUGAGGAUAUGAAAACUUUACCUCUUAGAAGAGAUUAGUGCUGUGGGCUCUGGGCCUAACGUUGCGAUUUGAUCCGUUUUGGUACUCGUCGUUGAUAUUCAUUUGAGGAGAGUGAGACUUAGGUCAGCUGAGGUCUGCAAAAAGAUGUACAUUAUUGGAUUCAAUAAAAGGAUCGUUUCUCAAA